AUGGCCAUGGAACAGAUUGAGAAGAAUCAUGAAGAACGUUUAAAGCUUCAUGUUGAAAAUUUUCAGUAUGAGGUGACUAAGCUUCGUGACGUUGCCAAAGAACAUCAUGUUCUUUUUCCUGAGGAAGUUAAGAAGUUGGAGGAGUUAGUGGGAAGUUUAAAAGAGUCCUUGUCAAAGCUUGAUCUGUCUCAACAAUCUGUUGUCUCCCAGGAUUCGAUUUCGAAUAUGAUUUCUUCUAUUGAAUCUAAUCUCAAGGACGAACUUUCUCCUCUACUUAAGUUGGUUAUGCUAAUGCCAACGAGUACCCAACCUGUGAAUCAACUGGUGCAAGGGGGAGAUAAGGGCUUGGCUCUUUGA